AUUGAGUAUAUUUUUUCUAAUAAAACUGGUACUCUUACUUUCCAGCGUGCCUGUGUGGUCGAUGGUGUUGAAGUCGGAUCACAUGAUUUUAAACAAUUAAAAGAAAAUAUAAGGAAUCAUCCAACUGGAAAUGUAAUCAAUGAAUUCUUGUCACUUCUAUCUAUAUGUCAUACUGUUAUUCCUGAACGUAAAGAUGACAAUCUUAACAAUGAAGGUGCCCUCAUUAAAGGUGCUGCGACUCUGGAUUAUGAAUUCACGACUCAUCGCCCAAAAUCUGUAAAUCUACAAGUUAAUGGUUCUAAUUACGAAUACAAAAUUUUUUGCAUUUUUGAAUUCAACAGCACACGUAAACGUAUGUCUGCAGUUGUUCCGAAUGGGAAAAUAAAAUUAUAUUGUAAAGGAGCUGAUAAUGUAAUUUUGGAACGUUUGAGUGAGAAUAAUCCAUUUGUCGAUCAAACAUUACAACACCUUGAAAACUAUGCAACUGAAGGUCUCAGAACUCUUUGCAUCGCAAUGCGUGAAAUUUCUGAUGAAGAAUACCGACAUUGGUCUACUAUAUACGAAAAAGCAUCUACAACUUUGGUGAACUGUCAAGAUGAACUUGACAAAGCUGCUGAAAUAAUUGAAAAAAAUCUAUUUCUUUUGGGUGUUACCGCAAUUGAGGAUAAAUUACAGGAGGGUGUUCCAGAAACAAUUC